AUGAGACUAUCUGACAACCCACGAGAUCACCAAGCUUACUCUGACUUGGAGAUAUACGCACAGCUCGUCCAGUACUGCAAGGCGCGAGCCACCGCUAAACAAGUUCCCAUUUCUAAUCUCCCGCCUGAAAAGGUUCUGAAGAAACUCGCGUACAAUCGCCCGCUCAAAAAGGACGCAUUGUUUGCAUACGUUGACGUCAAGCGCGUAAUACUCUAUAAGAACGACUUGCUCAAGAUACUCAGGGAGGAGGUCCCGCGCCCUUCACGAAGCCCCCGAAAAAGACUCGUCCAAAAAGGGCGUGGCUUGCCGCCAGCUUCACCACGUCCAUCCCCCGCUUCGACGGAACCCCAUGCCGUAGCUGCUUCGAAAGUGGCAGACACGCAAAUUGCACGGGAGAGCACAGGCAAGAACGAGCUGGAAGGCAAUCCGGCCCUGGAGAAUGGGGGUACGGCUACCGUCGACGUGCUCACAAAGCCUUGA